AUGAGUGCCGACUUCGGCCUUGCCACGGAUUCAGUGGCAAUCGGGUUGUUCUUCGGGUUCUCUACUUUGGCUACCGUAACCAAUUUCGUCGCAUCUCUCAUCGUCUUCCGGAAUUCUCGUUUACACAAAGUUGUGAAAAUGUAUUUCCUCGGCAGUCACCUCGCUCGAAUCAUUUGCUCGCUUUGCGGUUUUGUUUUUGCUGGAUGUUCGAAUAAAGACAAAAGUGGCCACAAAGGAAUGGCA